AUGGCAAAACCAAGAGGUAGAAAGUUGAUUCAGCAACAACAAAAAGAUCAAUUUGAUCCUUCAAGUAAAGAAUCUAAGAGUACUAUAUCCACUCGUGACUAUGAAGAAUAUAAAGAUGAGCAAACAGAUGGUAGUCCAGCUGAUCCUCAGAUGUUUUUUGGUGUUUUGGAUAGAGAAGAAUUGGAAUACUUCAAACAAAUUGAAUCUACUCUGGCGUUAGAUGCUUUUGAAUCUCCAGAAGAGAAAAGUCAUAUGGUCUCAAAUGUGUUACAAGAAGCUAAAGGUAAAGAAUUAAAAUUAGUUACUUCUCAAAUUUGUUCAAAGUUAAUGGAAAGAGUUAUCCUGGAAAGUGACGAUGCUCAAUUGAAAAGUAUUUUUAAGACAUUUAAUGGAUUUUUCUAUAAUCUAUCUUGUCAUAAAUAUGCUUCUCAUGUUCUAGAAACUUUAUUUGUAAGAAGUGCUGCUUUAGUUGAAAAAGAACUAGUAACUCCAAGUUUCGAUGACAAUCAAGAUGACUCUGGUGAAUAUGGUUCUAUGGAAAAUAUGUUUUUAUUUAUGAUAAAUGAGUUGAAACCUCAUUUUAAAGAAAUGAUUUGUAACCAAUACGCUUCCCAUUCUUUCAGAUUAUUAUUAUUAAUUCUAUCAUCCAAAACAUUACCAAGCUCUACUAAAAACAAUUCCAUUUUACGUUCUAGGAGAUCAAAAAUUGCACGUAAGAUGAUCGAUAUUAAAGAUAAUGAAGACUUCAACAAAGUUUACCAAACUCCUGGUUCUUUUAAAGCCGAGUUAGGUCAAAUAUUAUCUUCACUGUAUAAAGACUAUACCAACAAUGCCCCAAGUCGUAAAGAAAUCAAUCCUUCUGUUAGAACAUCAUUUAGAGAAUUAUGCAUUGACAAAGUUGCCUCUUCUGUUAUACAAUUACUUAUUCAAAUUGAAGGUAUCUUUGACAGAGACCGUUCUUUCUGGAGAUUAAUUUUUAAUACCGAUGACAAGGCAGACCCAAAAGAAGAAUCAUUUAUUGAAUACUUGUUAUCUGAUGCUGUCGGUUCUCACUUCUUUGAAACCGUUAUAGGUCUUGGUAAGACCAAAUACGUUGAGAGAUUAUACAAUAUUUACAUUAAAGAACGUAUUGGUAAAUUAGCCAAAAGAGACGCUACAGGUGCAUUUGUUGUUCAAGCUCUUUUAAAAACGUUAAAGCCAAAAGAAGUCAAAGAAAUUUUGGAUAUAAUUGUUCCUGAAUUAAGCAUGCUAUUAAAUUCAAAUAUGGAUUUUGGUACCGCUAUUAUCGAUGCAAGUAAUAAGAAUGGCCAUUAUUUAAAGGAAGAAAUAAUCGAACAACUUGUGAAGAAAUUUUAUUCUAAAGAUUCAGAAAACAGAAAUAUAUUAGAAAGUUGUUUGAUGCUAAGCUCGUCCACUUUAGGUAACACUAAAGAUGACUGGCCAACUUCAGAAGAAAGAAGAAGAUCAUUAUUUUUAGAAGAGUUAAUAAUAUAUGAUGAUAAAUUCCUUGAUAUAACUGUAGAUAGUAUGUUGGCAUUACCUGCUGAAAGAUUAUUACAAAUGUGUUACCAUGGUGUUUUUUCACAUGUUGUGGAAUCAAUUUUAGUUACAAAAAAAGUUGAAAUAAUCAAGAGAAAACUGCUCUUAAACGUUCUCUGUAAAGAUGUUGUUAACAUGUCAUGUAAUGCUUACGGUUCUCAUGUUAUGGACAAGUUAUGGGAAUUCACUGCCAAAUUGGCACUAUACAAAGAACGUAUUGCAAAUGCGUUAGUAGCUGAAUCUGAAAAGGUUAAGAACAGUACCUAUGGUAGACAAGUGUGGAAAAACUGGAGCUUAGAAUUAUUUGUGAGAAGAAGAUUUGAUUGGAAAAGUAUUGUUAGAGAGCAAGAUGAAGAAUUAUUCCCAAAUUCCAAACCUUUGCAACCUACACCUAAAGGAAACGGAUUCAAGGGCAACAACAACAGAAAUAAUUUCAACAAACGUCCAUAUGAAAACAAUAGAGAGAACGACUCAUCAUAUAAAAGAUCCAGAAAGUAA